AUGAAGAAGAAUUCUGCUACUUCGGCGGCGGUGCCUGCGACCAAUAAGAACGAAGCCGAGGCAGUUCCCACGGCCAAGAACAUGAGGGCAGCCAAGAGGCGUAGGUCUGAUGGGACCGCCGGACGCAGGGCACCGAAAAGGGCACGCGAUCUCCCUAGGCCCAGCCACGGCGAUCUCAUCAGCAGCCUUCCCGAUGACAUCUUUGAGGCCAUCAUCUCCCUCCUCCCCAUCAAGGACGGCGUUCGCACGCAGGCCGUCGCCCGGGGAUGGCGUCCGCUGUGGCGCUCAGCGCCUCUCGAUCUCGACGCCACGGACAUGUGCUCCAACAAAUAUAAGUGCAUAUCCGUCGUCUCCGGCAUCCUCUGUGACCACCUUGGGCCGGCCCGCCGCUUCACGUUCGAAAACAUCUGCCUCCACAAAUCAAAAAAAGGGUAUAUCAUGGAUGAUGCUUGGAUCGAGCGCUGGUUUCGCUCCCGGUGCCUCGACAACCUCGAGGAGCUUGAUAUCAGCUUCCGGCUGUUGGGUAACGCAGACGUGUCCAGGAACCGGUACCCGCUGCCAUCGUCCGUGCUCCGCUUGGCACCGACUCUAGUUGUGGCCACAUUCGGCGUGUGCAGGUUCCCAAGUGAGAUUGCACCUUGUCUGGAUUUUCCCCUCCUCCGGCAACUCACUCUAUGGAGUAUUAGCGUCUCGGAGGAAGCCCUGCAUGUGCUGCUCUCUGCCUGCCAUGUUUUGGAAACCCUAUUUCUGCAGGAUAUUCGUGACAUCGACUGCCUUCGUGUUAGCUCGCCAACUCUGAGGAUCAUCUGGUUCAUCGCUACUCCCUUGGGAAGACAAGAAUUGUUUAUUGAGGACGUCCCUCACCUUGAAAGGCUACUUUUUCCACGCUUAGAUGGUGAGACCAUUCGAGGAACGAUCACACCAAGCUUGAGCCAUUCGAUAUGCACCGUGAAUUUGGCUCUCAAGUUUGCUGGCCCUGAUUUAUAUGCGGUUCUCAAUGUCCUACGGUGCUUCCCCUGCUUGGAAAAGCUCUAUGUCAUUUGGGACGAAUCCUUACAGGCAGAGAUGAUCAACAUGCAUCAAUAUGAACCCCUGAAUCCAAUCAAAUGCCUUGAGAGCCAUCUCAAAAGUACUGGUGUUGAAUAA